AUGCCAGGCAAAACUCUCCUUGUCCUUGGCUCCGGUCCAGGCAUCGGCGUAGGCGUCGCCUCCACCUUCGCCGUCCGAGGUUUCACGCACAUCGCCCUCGUCUCUCGCGAUGCUUCUCGCCUCAAGGAAGACCAGGGAAAGGUUUUAGACGCUAUUCAGGAACGAGGGUAUUCGUGUCAAGUCAAGACUUGGGCUUGUGAUCUUACGGAUGCUGGGCAAUUGAAGAAAGUUCUUGGGGAGGUGGAGGGGUUUGGGGAUUUGGAGUGUUUGUUGUUCAAUGCGGCAAGGGUGGCGGGGAAGCCACCUUUGGAGGAGAGUGUCGAGGCUAUUAGAGGGGAUUUUGAGCUGACGAGUAUUGCUCUUUACAACACAGCGCAGUGGGCUAUCCCGCUGCUCAAAGGGAAGUCGGGCUCUGAUCGCUCGCCUUCGUUCUUCGUCACCAGCACGACGUCGUUGUGGAAGGAGCCUGUACCUGCUCUCAUGUCCUUGUCUAUGGUCAAGUCUGCUCAACGUGCGAUGGUGUUGUCUUUGCACGCACACUAUGGCAAGGAUGUGCACAUCGCUCUUCUCAGUGUAGGAGGUGUGGUGAGCCCGGACAAGAUCAAUUUGACGCCGCAACAUAUUUCGGAUCGGUGCUGGCACUUAUACAAACAGCCUAAGGACAAGUGGGAGCGGGAUGAGAUGAUUGAUGUUGCUGAGGGCGAGCAGGUGGGCUGA